CUGUCAAGCAAUCGAUUGAGAGCAAGGAAAGGGCAACUCAGUCAAACUGAUCUUCUAGAACUUGUCAAUUCCGGGGAUGGGCAAGGACUGGAGGAUCGUAGAAAUGAAGGCCAGGCAGAGGGAGACAAUAGCAAGGAUUGACGAAUAGCCUAAGGGGCACUCGAACUUGUCCCCGUCCUUGUCGAUGCAGUGGGGGCCGGCUUCCUUCUUGCCGGACGUGAGAGACCCCCAUAUGACCAGACCUGAAGGAAGGACAAACAACCCGUGCAUGAGUCGCUCGUCGUGCUCUUCCGUGUCUCAUGCGGACGCACCAAGGAAGAACAGCAGGAGGGAGGCGAGAUAACAGGCAAUGGCAGGUCUGCUCCAUCUGAGUAAGGUAUGGUACACAAGUGUAUACAAAUGGCAGACGCCAAGGCAAGCACCACUCCUUCUCACCUUUGGUUCAGCAGCGAAGUCAUGAAGCUGCAGCAAACAUACAAGGCAGCCGUGUGUGAUGUGAAAGGAGCUCUCAGACAGGCGCAUGUUUUGGUGUCACCUGAAGACAAUGGCGCCCGCAAGUGUGGUCAGGCCGAGAGCCCCAGGGAUGAUCAUGCCGAGGCCGGCUGUGAUGUGCGUAUCCAGCCGGUCACAUGUGUCCUGUAACACGCAAGAAAGAGAUCAGUACAUCAGUAUCGUAUCAGUGGGAAGAACAAAGUGCCCCACACCGUUUUGAAUCUCACCUUGUUUGAGUCUUUGCAGUCGGUGUCGUCCUCAAUCGACUCCCUGGCCUCCUGACCAAAAUGCAGCCAUCAAGGACGACUUUCAAAUUUCGACCCCAAACAUGAGACAGGCUACCUGGAACUCGGCACGGCACACACACAGGUCCUUGGCCUCAGGCAGGUCCCGCUUCUUGCAGCUGAAGUAGUCGGCAGGCUCGCUGCAGUCGGUCUGCAGACUGGUCUGGAGGACCCACUUGAAGUGAGUCAGGCCUGACACACACUCACACCGAGAAGUCGGCCUGUCAGACACGCUCCCCAUCCCACUUGCCCACUUCCCCCAUGUGCUUCGAGCUGUCAUCACCGUAGGCCUCCAGUCGAUACGCAGUGACCCCUCCCACUUCAUUGUCAAAGUAAUUGUAGCGCCAGUUGUCCGUCGCCAUGCCUGCAAGCAGCAUCGUCCAUCCCAGUCGGCGUGAAGCCAAGAAGAGGUUUGAACCGCACGGCCCCCCGUCAUAUCGCAGCCCACCUGUGAUCAUGAGGACCAGUGCGACGAGCCCCAGGACACCGGCCGUCAUCGCAUGCCAGGAAAACAUCGCGGCGGCGGCGCGAAUCGCCGCAAAGCUCAU